GGCUUAUUGGAUAUUGAAUGAGCAACAACAACAACCUUGAGUGGUCAUUGGUUAGUCGUUGUGCUGCUUUGAUAUCCUUACCCAGUGCAGGUUGAUUUUUAGUUUACACACGCAUCGAAUCCCGUUGUGUUUAGUCCACUGUCGCUGUACCUCAUCUACUCAGACGCAAACAAACUACUAGCUGGCCCUUGCAAUUACUAGUGGCGAUAAUGCAUAGCGUUUCAGAACACGAAGAACCUGAUCCAUAUUUCGAGCCUGUUAUUACUCUUCCCCCUUUAACAGUCUGUAGUUCCGAGGAGAAUGAAGAGUGCUUAUUCAAGCAGAGAGCACAGCUGUUUCGUUUCGACACUAUUGACGACCCCCCAGAAUGGAAGGAGCGUGGGGUUGGAGUUCUGAAAAUUCUACGUAACAGGACCAGUGGAUGCUAUCGCUUAUUGAUGCGUCGAGAUCGCACGUACAAGGUUCUUAUACACGUUACUUUACAGCAAUUUAGGUCUGCGCCAACCAUUAUCUCCUUAAAAAUAUGUACUUACGUCCCAACUGUAGCAGCAGUAGAGCUUUUGUUUGGAGUACGACAGCUGAUUUCGCAGACGAAGUGGUAAAACCAGAAUUAUUAGGUGUUAGAUUUGCUAACUCUACGUGUAUGUAUUCAAUAUUACUUCGGUGAAUUUCUGACGUUUUUCAAGAUAUUUAAUUACGUUAAUUACUGCAAUUCAAUGGCAUUUAAAUGCCAUUUUAGCUUCUCAGGACACCAGAGAAGUAUCACCAUGGUACCAUUUAUGAUUUCAUUUUUUUAAAAGCACUGGUGCAAAUUGGAAUCACAGGAAUCAAAAAUGUCUGUUGUGGGAUAGCUGUCUAGAUAAAAGUAGACUAGAAAUGAAAGUAUCACACUCCCAGCUUGAUUCGAUCUGCAGGUUUCGAAGGAAAUAACCCUUCAAUAUGUAACAUAAAUGAAGUGAGAUUCAUAUAUUCCUAUUGUAUUACUCAACAACAUGCGAAAACAGUACCAACAAACAGAAACGUUAGCUGUCUGUAUGAGGUUGAUUCGGAGUAUUUAGCAAGUAGUACGUGCUCUCCGUCACAAUCGGUUCUGAUUCUUUCCGAUCCCGGUCUGCCACGUAGAGUUCCGGUCAAGAAGCUCUCUUCGUCUAGACCAGGUCAGUGGCCACAUACUUGUGUUGCGUCAUAGCCUUAUGAUAGCUUUUCCCUAACAUACUACACUAAUUUCUUGGUAAAAAAAUGUCCAUGCCAUCCAAUCCAGUGGCUGGUCUUUUAAUAUUGUCAGCUGGCGUUUCCUCUCUCUCCCUGGAACUUCACUUGUUGUAUAAAUAACUAGAUAGUUCAGAUGGAUAGAAAUGUGAUCAUUUAAGACACACUACCUGAUGAGGUUUCGUUCAAAACUUGCAACGUGAUGUAUUUAGAGAAAUUCUUCAAUCUCAUUUUGAGUAUUGGGAGACGGUAUCAGUGGUAUUUCGUAUAGUUUCACCAUAAUAGCGAUAGAUUCCAGAACCACUGUGAUUUUUGCAAAGACAAAUGAGUCGACUCUUUCUCCUUCACGCUUUUCAUUCUGAAUAUGUCUAGAUAAACGAGUGCUUGAAAUAAGUUCAUCCUACGCAACCCGUAUUUGGCCUCUUAUUACCGCCGCCACAAACGGGGUUAGCUCAAGUAAUAUAUGGAGUUAGGUUGAAUAUUUAUGUUUAUAGCAUGCCCAGAUCGGAGGUGAAUCACCGAAAGGUUAUGUAGAAAGAUAUUCCAUAAGAUUGUGCCUAUUGGCUUUGUUUUGUAGCUCAUCUGAAGGCUUAGAUUUCCUGCGCCAGGCCACACUGUUAAGGUCGUCGAUACUAUCUGGUUAACCGAAGUAGUUGUUCCAGGCUUCGAAACCGGUGCCUACUGGUAAAAAUUCAAGCUUCAUAACCACGAAGCUACCGUUCCACUUAUUGGCCUGGUCUUAGACGCAGUUUGGUCGUACAUUUAUCGGCCAUUUAGGAUUUAUCCACCACGUUAUUCCAAUGCUCUUCGAAGAAAUUUGCCUCAUCCAAACCAUGUGUUUAUUUGCUCCACAUGUCACCACUUUUUAAACAUAUUUGAUACUGGUAUAAAACUUGUAAACAAGGAAAUAAGUAGGUGAUUGAAUUCUAUAUUAAGGCAAUAGAUAUGAAAGGUAGACGAUAUAGUCUAGGUUGGACUUAUCUUCCAAAACUUGUGGUAUUGUAGUGUCAUCGACCUUCAGCAAUCGUCAGUUUAUGUAAUGUGACAAAUUAAACCGUUGCACACUACUGACUGAAUGGUCAGCUUACAGUAUGACUUUAGUUCUUGACUGCAUGCCUGGGAUUAUCUAGAGAAGUAGACACCUCUGAACAUCACAGAUGAUGUAGACUGACAGUUAUUCGAGUUAUUUGUGCCCAUGAAACCUUUGUCAACCGACCGAUUAUAUCUGCGGUGACCUAUUCAAGAUCUCGGAUCAAUCCAUUCUGUAAUUUCGAUGUGCUAGGUCCUGUGCCCGUAUGUAUUUCAUUUGUCACUUCAGUAUUAAUCAUCGCUUAGCACUUAUUUAAUGGUUAUCCUAUUUUGUUUUGUGUCAUCGUUUUUGUUGUCAGGUAUUGAGAUUAAUCGUUCACUUAUCAAAUGUUUUUUUAUUCAAACUACUUUUUUGAGCUUCAGCUUAUUAUUUGGUGGUUGUUUGUAAUGAGGCGUUAGAUAAUUUGGAUAAGUUUUUAGAAAUGUUUUGCUUGUUAUUCGUAGGUAAUAAUGUUUUGUGAAAGUGCUUUUAUAAGAUGUUGCUUCUCUUGGAUUUUGUUAAAUACAUGAUCAUCGCGCGGCUUUGUGUUAUCUUAAUUUUGUUUUGAUUAUUAAGAUGCGGAAGAAUUUCGAAAGGUUUUCGAGGAAGGUUGUCAAGCAACUGACGAAAAGUUGAGUGACAAUAGACCCAGCAUUGAAAGUACUUAUUCUGAUAAAGAGGAUAAAACUAAUGAUAUUGGCAUGCUCUCGAAUUCUGUCAAGGAAUGUUUGAAUAUUACCACACCGGAUACCAACUCACCUGUUUAUUGCAGUUCGAUAAAAACCGAUGCCUAAAUAUCUCAUUAUUGAGACAAUUUUCAUAAACAAAUUUAGAUCUGUUAUACAAUAUCUAAUAUUUUCUUAAAUC